AUGCAUCCUACUAAAUCCCCAGGACUGGAUGGGCUCCCAGCUUUGUUUUAUCAGAAAUAUUUUCCUACUAUUGGCAACAAAGUGAUUCUUUUCGUACUGGAUAUUCUUAACAACAAUGGUGAUCCUGCAUAUAAAAACAAUACCUUCAUAACUCUCAUCCCCAAAAAGAAGAAUCCCGCAACCCCGAUGGACUUUAGACCGAUCAACCUUUGCAAUGUCAUCAUGAAAACUGUGACCAAGGCAAUUGCUAAUAGGUUGAAGGUGUUUCUCCCAGAAGUCAUAAGUGAAGAGCAAAGUUCUUUUAUCCGUGGUAGACUCAUUACAGAUAACGCCCUGAUCGCCAUGGAGUGCUUCCAUUGGAUGAAGCAUAAGAAGAAAGGGAGGAAAGGCACCAUGGCUUUGAAAUUGGAUAUGUCUAAGGCUUAUGACAUAAUUGAGUGGAGUUUUGUGACUGAAACUUUGCAUAGAAUGGAGUUCCCCACUGCUAUGGUUUCGUUGAUACACAAAUGUAUUUCUACAGUCUCCUACCAAUUGCUUAUCAAUGACCAUCCGAGCAAGCUUUUCUUUCCGGGAAGGGGAAUGAUUAAAAAUGCGGUGAACGAGAGGAAAAUCCAUGGUAUCAAAGUUGCCCGAAAGUCACCAAUAAUAUCUCACUUAUUUUUCGCAGAUGAUAGCCUUCUAUUUGCGAGAGCCAGUGAAGAGGAAGCGGAAAGAAUCCAAGGUAUCCUUACUACUUAUGAAUUGGCUUCCGGACAGGUAGUGAAUGCUAACAAAUCUGAGGUCUCCUUUAGUGGCAAUAUUGGAGAAGACGCUAGGGAUAGGAUCAGGGCUAAGCUGGGUUUUCGUGGUGUGAAUAAUCAUUCUCGGUAUUUAGGACUCCCUGUGGUAUUCGGGAGGUCAAAAAAGGAGGUAUUCAAGCUUGUUGCUGAGAGAGUCUGGAAGAAGUUUAAAGGUUGGAAGGAGAAUUUUUUGUCUAGGGCCGGGAAAGAAGUUUUGAUAAAAGCGGUGGCGCAAGCUAUUCCAACGUAUAUCAUGAGCUGCUAUCAUUUACCGGAAAGCUGUUGCAAAGAGAUCGAAGCCUUGCUAGCUAAAUUCUGCUGGGGUUCCAAAGACGGCGAGCGUAAAAUUCACUGGAUAAGAUGGGAGAGAUUGGCCCAUUGCAAAGGAGAUGGAGGAAUUGGUUUUCAGGGUAUUUGUGAUUUUAAUAUUAGCCUCCUGUGGAAACAGUAUUGGCGGCUGCUACAAGCUAAUGGAUCACUCAUGGAGAGAUUCUUUAAAGGGCGCUACUACCCCCAGUACUCCUUAUCUGAUGCUCAGUGUGGUUUUUUACCGAGCUUUGCGUGGCGCAGCAUUCUAAGCUCAAAGGAAGUUGUUCUAAAUGGUUCUCGUUGGCGGAUUGGCAAUGGUGAAAAAGUGAGGAUUGGAGAGGAUAGAUGGAUUCCUUCGCUUCCUGGUUUUCAAACCUCUUCACCGGCUCGUGUCCUUGAUCCGACUACCAAGAAACACAAAGGCAACCCGGGACCCUCCUCCAAAGGUAAUCAAAAUCUCUGGAAGCAGAUAUGGAAGGUGAAAGUGAAUCCUACGAUCAGGAACUUUCUAUGGAGACUCACCAAGGACAUAUUGCCCACGAAAGCAAAUCUGAUGCGGAAAGGUACACCCUCUAACGGUUUAUAUCCUCUUUGCAAUUCUGGCACUGAAGAUACACUCCACCCGUUCCUCCGAUGUGACUUUGUUAAAAGAACGUUAUUCUCUGGCUCAUUGGGAAUUCGCGUCCCAGAAGAAGGGGAUCUCUUGGACUGGCUGUGUCAUAUAUGUUCUAAAAAGGAUACUCUUCUUUUCCAAUUUGUUGCGGUUAAUUUGUGGAAAAUAUGGCAGGUUCACAACUGCGUCGUGUUUAAGGAUAUCAGGCCAAACCCUUGUGUUGUUGCUGCUGAGAUUUGGAGUUCCAUUCAGGAGGAAACGGAUGGCUGUUCGCUCUCUGAGUUAGUGGACAACAACUCUGUGAUUAAUUCCAAUAAGCAGCAUGGCUGGAUUGUGCAGAAUGGUGCAGGUUGUUUCGACGACGGGGUCAUUUCCUUUGGCUGUAUAAUUAGGGAUCCUACUUCAAACAUCUUCUUGGCAGCUACUAAAAGAAGUGUUAGCAUAACUGAAGCCUCUAAUGCAGAACUGUUGGCUAUUCGUUGGUCAUUGCAGGUAGCGAAAGAUUUGGGACUCAAGGACUUCGUGGUGCAGUCUGAUGCUCUCGUAAUGGUUGAUUGCAUCAAUGGAGUAGUGUUUAAUGCUGACCUUGAUCCCAUAGUUGCUGACUGUAGGAAUUUAAUUUCUGGUUUUAACAAUGUAAGAGUCAUGUUUAUUAGAAGAACUCUUAAUGGGGAUGCUCAUCAUUUGGUUUGUCUUGGCAAGUCCUUAGGCUAUAGAACCUGGACUGGGCACAUACCAAGUGUUAACCACUUUUGUUGUAGUUCUGUUUCUUCUUCUUAA